GUGUGUGUGAAGUGCCACUUACAACCUUCUCCAUCGACAAUCACCACCUUCGAAAAUUCGAGACAAUCCGCGAUUCUGAAGGAGUUUUGAUCGAAGCUCCAGUCGCAAUCAUGUCUCAACCAGCACUCAACAAGAUUGCUGCCAACAGCCCUUCCAGACAAAACCCUUCAGAACUGGAGACCAGCAUUGCAACCGCUCUCUACGAACUCGAGACCAACAUUCCAGAUCUCAAGGUUGCUUUGAGACCACUUCAAAUUGUCUCUGCUCGUGAGCUCGAAGUCGGCCACGGCAAGCGCGCCAUUGUCAUCUUCGUCCCCGUUCCCUUGUUGGCCAACUUCCACAAAGUCCAACAACGCCUGAUCCGCGAACUCGAGAAGAAGUUCUCCGACCGCCAUGUCCUCAUCCUCGCCUCGCGCCGCAUCCUCCCUCGCCCCAAGCGCAGCAACCGCUCCCGCACUUCGCAGACCCAGAAGCGUCCUCGUUCUCGAACCCUGACCGCGGUUCACGAUGCCAUCCUCGCCGACGUCGUCUACCCUGUGGAGAUUGUGGGCAAGAGACUCAGAACCAAGGAAGACGGUAGCAAGACUCUCAAGGUCGUCUUGGACGAAAAGGAGCGUGGAGGUGUGGAUUACAGACUCGACACUUUCGCCGAGGUCUACCGAAAAUUGACUGGCCGUGGUGUCGGUUUCGAGUUUCCUUUGAGCGGUCCCACUGAUUUUUAGAUGGCUUGGUGCGGGAUAUGGUGGAUGUGAGGUCGGCGAGUGAUCGUUCUCGGAUGAAGUAUGAUGCAAAGGGAGUAGACAAUGGUGUUACUCAUUUCGCCAUAUGGCAGUGGGGGCACCUAGUUAGGUCUUGACCUGAAAUCGUUGCUGCGUGCUUGUGUAUGGAAAGCAUCUCCAAAACCAACAAAGGGUCAACAUAGCAGCAUCGUGUGCCUGGAAUUGAGCCAAAUAGGUUUCAGAGCAUACCCAAAUACAAUCCAUUAAAUCGUUCACCUGGACAUGCUUGCCGACCAUUCUGGAACCACCAAACGAUGCCAGUAUACCCGACAGUGGUCCACCUCAGUGUAUGACGGCGGAGGCAGACGAAAAAUCAGUGCUCGUUACUUU